AUGAUCCAGAUUCAGCCCAUCAUGCAACUGGUCAUCGUAGUCCAGAACCAGCACGCUGCCAAGACCUGUGGGUUGUGUGGAAACUUCAAUGGGAACCAGGCGGACGACUUCAUGAAGCAGAGUGGAGUUUUGGAGGCAACUCCCAUUGGCUUUGUAAACAGCUGGAAGACCUGUGCUACCUGCCCUGACAUUAAGCCUGUGCUCCACGAUCCCUGCGGACUGGGACAAACCCAAAUCCAGAGCCAAAUCCAGAGCCAGGGACAAAUCCAGAACCAAAACCAAAUCCAGAAUAAAAUCAUGUACCAACUCAAAGACAGCAAUGGCAACUUAAUCCAGAACAUGUGCACCCAUCUGCUGGACAAAGACCUGUUUGGCCCGUGUCACUCUGAGGUCUGCCCUAAAAUCUUCUACCAGAGAUGCAUCCACGACGCAUGUAGCUGUGCAAACGCUGAGGACUGCAUGUGCGCGGCCGUGUCCUCCUACGUCUACGCCUGUUCAGCAGCAGGGGUCCACAUCUCAGGCUGGAGAGAAAAGAUCUGUGGGAAAUAUACCUCAUGUCCUGCUGGAAUGGUUUACUGCGACAAAAUCACAACUGGUCCUAAGACGUGCCGCUGCCGGUCCUCCACCGCAUCCAACUGCAACUUGACCUUCCUUCCUCUGGACGGCUGCAUUUGCGCCCCGGGAACUUACCUCGACGACUCUGGAAACUGUGUUCCUCCUCAGCAAUGCCCGUGCUACCAUGAGGACAUGGUGGUGCCACCGGGGCAGACGGUGACCGUAGGAACUGUGAUCUGCACCUGUACAGAUGGCGCCAUUGUGUGUUCUGGUGUCGGUGAACCUCCAGUGGAAUGCAUUCCUCCCAUGGUUUACUUCAACUGCAACGAACAGGAGUCAAAAGGAACAGUGAAAGGCACCGAGUGUGCGAGGAGCUGCAGCACGAUGGACUCUGACUGUGUGAGCUCUGGCUGUGUGUCCGGCUGCAUGUGUCCACAAGGAAUGGUCUCUGAUGACAACAACGGCUGCAUCAAACCAGAGCUGUGUCCCUGUAUUCACAACGGGGUGGCAUAUUCUCCUGGACAGAACAUCAAAGUGGACUGCAACACCUGCACAUGUAUGAACAGGCUCUGGGUCUGCACUAAGAUCAUGUGUGACAGCACAUGUACAGUCUAUGGAAACGGACAUUACCAAACCUUCGACAACCAGCGCUUCACGUUUGAUGGGAACUGCGAGUACAUCCUGGCCCAGGAUUACUGCGGUAAGAACAAGGACAAAGGCACCUUCAGAGUGGUGGCCCAGAAAGGGCAUAAAAAUCCGUAUGGCAGCGGUGGCUCCAAAAUGUACUCCAAGGGGAUCAAAGAUUUGUACAGUGGCCCCAUCACCUUCACCAAAAUCAUCAAGAUCUUCCUUCAGGGCUCUGAGCUAAUCCUGACCCAGGGAGACUUCCAGGUGUUGGGCUCGCAGGAUCCGUUCCACUUCAGUACUUUGGGUCUGUACCUGGUUGUGGAGACAAGCAAUGGCCUCACACUCAUCUGGGACCGCAAAACCCUCCUCUUCAUCAAACUCAGCCCCAUUUACAAGGGUAACGUGUGUGGACUGUGUGGGAACUAUGAUGGCAAUGCAAACAACGACAUGACCACUCGCUGCGGCGCCACGGUGAUCAACCCGCUGGUGUUUGGGAACAGCUGGAAGGACUCUCCGGACUGCCCCGACAUCACUGUAGUUCCCAGCCCCUGCAUGCUCCGCCCUCAUCAGCUGCCCUGGGCCAAUGAGAAGUGCAGCAUCAUCCACAGCCUGGUCUUCUCCACCUGCCACUCCAAUGUGGAUCCAACUCCCUACUUUGACAUGUGUGUGUUUGACACCUGCUCCUGUGACCCUGGGGCUCCGUGUGAGAGCUUGUGCUCGGCUGUGGCUGCCUACGCUGAGGCCUCCAACCAGGCUGGCGUCUGUGUGGAUUGGAGGACCCCCGACUUCUGCCCGAUCUCAUGUGACUAUAAGAACUCUCCAGAGUGUAUGUGGAAGUACAAGGCCUGUGGCGCCCCCUGCAUGAUGACCUGCAAGAAUCCUUCCGGCCUCUGCUCCUCCAACCUGCCUCCCCUGGAAGGCUGCUACCCAAACUGCCCCCCUGCACGUCCGUACUAUGACGAGAUUGCAAAGCGUUGUGUUACUAAGGACCAGUGCGGCUGCUACGACAAAGAAGGAACACAUUUUAACAACGGCGACACUGUGUCCUCAUCCCACAACUGUUAUGUAUGUGUUUGUGAUUCCACGAUCAUCCAGUGCCACUAUGACGUCAAAGCCUGCAUGUGUCUGUACCAUGGCGUCUCACACCCGUUCGGCAGCGUUCUUUACAACACCAGCGAUGGCCACGGGAACUGCCUGUCCGCGGUGUGCGGCCACAACGGGACCAUCGACCACAACCUCUACCCCUGCACCGACCCCACACCCACCGGCCAGACCACCACCUUCCACUUCACUACAGGCCAACAAACUGACUGUGAUGAGACCUGCACUUGGACCAGCUGGAUCAACUCAGACCACCCCGUCCACGGCAAAACCGGAGGAGACGACGAGAGCAUCAGUCGCCUCCUGGCCCUGGGAUAUCCCGUCUGCCAGCAUCCCCUCAAAGUGGAGUGUCGUGCCGUGCAGUACCCAAAGAACCCUAUAGGACAGUCCGUCUCCUGCAACGUUUAUUUUGGGCUCAUGUGCAAAAACAGUCCGUUCCAAUCCUGCCUGGACUACGAAAUCCGCAUGUGUUGCCCUCCUGGUUGCGGCGGCACCACGAACACACCUCACACGACAUUGUCCACUCCUUUAGCCACUCCCACCCCACACUGUCCUUACGGUCAAACCAUGAUCUGCGGCUGGUCCCAGUGGUUCAACCUGGGUCACCCCACGUCUGGAAGUGGUGGCGAGGAGGUGGAAUCCAUAGCAGACAUCAUCGCAGCUGGAUUUCCCAUGUGUUCCGCUCCAGUGAUGGCGGAGUGCAGAGCGACCCAGUACCCGGCGCUCUCCCUGGGCCAGGUGGGACAGAAUGUGAUCUGUAACAAGCAUGUGGGCCUCAGGUGUAAGAAUAUUCAUCAGAGCAACAAUGCGGAGUGUCUUGAUUAUGAGGUCAGAUUCAAGUGCUGCGAAUGUUCAUCAUCCAACACCGGGCCGACUCCUACGAUCAAGCAGACCACUCUGUCCUCGUGCCACUGCUACCACAACGGCUUCGCCUACUCUGCAGGCAUGACUGUCUACAACAACACAGACCAUGCUGGAUACUGCUACAUUGGCUACUGCAACCAGACUUGUAGCAUAGUGGUCCUACAUUACCAGUGUUCUUCAAUGACCACCACCGCCACCACUGCCUUUGUCCCAACACCCAUGCACUGCCUUCACCUGCACCCACCCAGAAUGGAAGGGGAGACCUGGAAGAUCAGCGCCUGCCAUGUAGCGACUUGUACAAAUGGCGAAGUGAUUCAAAGCGAUAUAAUCUGUCCCCAUCCAGAGCCGAUUGUGUGUGCAAACAGCUUCCCACCAGUCAAAGUGUACGACCAGGACGGCUGCUGCUGGCAUUAUGAGUGUCAAUGUAUCUGCUACAGCUGGGGCGACCCACACUACGUGACGUUUGAUGGUACCUACUACUCCUUCCAUGGGGGCUGUUCCUACUGGCUUGUGAAGGAGGUGUUCCCCCAGUACGGCUUCAGUGUAAUGAUCAGCAAUAACGACUGCCAGGGGAAACAGCACUUGGCAAAACAGCAGUAUUACGGCUGCUCCCAGUCCCUCACCAUCUUCUACAUGCACUACAAGAUCUACAUGACGCAGCAGAUCCACCAUGGCAUCGUCACAAACAUGGUUUUGGUGAACGACAAGGCUGUGGUCUGUGCAUACCAGACUCUGGAGUUCCGGAUCAUCACCACAGGCAUCAACAUCGUGCUGGUCAUUCCCAAGAUAAAGGUCCAGAUCACAUACUCAGGACUCACCUUCAGCGUCAAUCUGCCCUUCAGUCUGUUCGGAAGCAACACUCAGGGCCAGUGUGGUAAAUGCGACAACAACCCUGCCAACGACUGCAACCUGCCCAGCAACCCGGCGAUCUCCUCCUGUCCGGACAUGGCCCACGAGUGGCACACAAACCACAGCUACUGCCCCCCGCCUCCUCCCCCCACCCCCACUCCCACACCACCUCCUCACUGCGACAUCUCCAUCUGCAACAUCAUCAAGAGCAACCUGUUCGAGCCGUGCCAUAGUUUGGUGAACUAUCUACCCUUUUUCAUCGCAUGCCGCUCGGACGUGUGCAAUGCAGGAAACCCUCGGGUGUCCUGCCGGAGCUUACAGAUGUAUGGUGCCUCAUGCGCUGCGGCCGGAGUGUGCAUCGACUGGAGAGGAAGCACCCACGGACUCUGUGAUUACACAUGUGCACCUCCCAAAGUGUACGACGCGUGUGGUCCUGCAGUGGAACCCACCUGUGACUCCUGGUUUAACCAGAAGUUCAUCUAUAAUGCAAAUGAUUUCACGGCCAUGACCUCAAACAAGAGGCUAGAAGGUUGCUACUGCCCCAAAGGCACCAUGCUACUGUCCGCCUACUCCAACGAGUGCGUCCCCAGUUGCGAAAUCUGUCGACUUCCAAAUGGAAAAUGGAAAAAACCAAAUGAAAGCUGGAUAGAAGGCUGUGAUAUGUGCCACUGCGACGAGGACACUCUGCAGGUGGUGUGUCAGACUAAAUUAUGUCCUCCUCCGCUAAUUGUUCCGUGUGAGCACCACGGCCAGGUGAUAGUCACUGAUAUUGUGGACUGCUGCCCUCGGCACAGAUGUGAGUGUGACAAGUCUUUGUGCAACUCUGUGGUGCCAUUAUGUCCCCCUGGAAUGAAAUUAAGCCACAAAUUUGGCGUCUGCUGUGAUACAUACAUUUGUGUAUCUAAAGAUGUCUGUGUGUUCAACAACCAUGAGUACCAGGUAGGAGAGACGAUCCCCAGAGGUCCGUGUGAGAAGUGUGUCUGCGGCCGACAGAAGAUGUCCAAGAGCUCCUUACACGUUCUGGAGUGUGUCUCUGUGAUCUGCGACAGCAACUGCUCUCCCGGUUACGAGUACCAGCUGAUCCCAGGACAGUGCUGUGGGACCUGUGUGCAAGCUGCCUGCUACGCAACAGUGGGAAAUGUCUCACACAUUCUGAUGCCUGGGGAAGUGUGGAGCCCUCACGGUAACCCCUGUGUGAAGUUUGAGUGUAUCCGCAUCAAUCAUCAGUUCCUCACCGUGGAGUCCAAGAUCGUGUGCCCCCCCUUCGACCCCAGCGAGUGCAUCCCGGGAACCGAGACUGUUGCCUCCGAUGGAUGCUGCCAAGUUUGUAUCCCCCGGGGAAACCCAUGUACCAUGUCCAGCACUUUGAUGUACCUGGAGACUAAAGGCUGUAUAUCUGUGAAGCCCGUAAACAUGACGUCCUGCAAUGGAACGUGUGGAUCCUUCACAAACUACUGUUCACAUUCACACAUGUUGAAGCAUUCGUGCGCGUGCUGUCGUGAGACGAGCACGAGUCAGAGGGCGGUCCAGAUGAAGUGUAAGGACGGCUCCCACAUCUCCUACCUCUACACCCACAUCGACGACUGCGCCUGCCUGAGGACCAGCUGCUCUGACCAGGGAUACGACACCAAGCCCACUGUGAAAGCACUGCCCUACACCAAAUCCCCAAUCCAAAAGGGACUACUAUGGGGACGAUAG